AUGACAUCCGAUGACGACGGCUUAUUGCGUUUUAACGUAUUCAACAAGCCAGUGGUUCUUGCCACGGAAACUGACUCGGGUUCUGUGGCGGGUAAACUGUGGAGUGUCUCUCUUGUACUCUUGGACUACUUUCAGAAAUUGGGCCCGGAAACCUUUGCGGAUAAGAAGAUUCUAGAAUUAGGUGCUGGCGUGGGACUGCUCAGCAUAGCUUUGAGCCGGGCUGGAGCUAGCGUGACCUGCACAGACCUUCCAUCUGCAUUGCCCAUGUUGGAUGAGAAUUGCGAGAAAAACAAGAAUGCUGAUUCGGGGGCAUGUCGAGUGACGGCACUGGGAUGGGGUGUCGAAGGGUUCGAAGAGUCAGGCAUCGCGCAAGAGAUGCAAACAAACGGCGACUACGACUACAUCAUAUGCGCAGAUCUGUGCUAUGAUGAGAGUCUGCACGAUAUACUAGUCGAGACGCUGCAGCGCAUUACGGGGCCGAAGACUGUGGUGUACCUGAUCUAUAUCGAUCGCAUGAAUUUUGAUAUCAUGCUUAACGUCAAGUUAUGUGAGGCCGAAGAUCCCGAGGGCACCGACAAGGAAUUCAGGAUAGACAUGGUCAAGGAUACAGACUACGACUGCCUCGGUGUCGAGGGAAUCCACUUCUACAAAGUGAUGUACAAUUGAAUGUUAGAUCGCUAUACUUAAAGAGCUGGUCCACCGCAUACCGAUAUGCACCAAUGGAUUGAUACCAAGAGGCCACGGGCACCUAUCGCACUGUCUGUUCCGUGGGCGGGUGGGUGCAAUUCUGCACUGUCAAGUAUGCCGAUUCUCUGGGAUGGCUUUGAUUCGGAACAUGUUACAACUACGUCAUCGCGUUUCUCCAGGCAAAGUUUGUAACGGGGAUGAGAUCAAUUUUUGUGAGAAAAAAACCCUGGGAUUUUCCUGAAAACCUUUGUGGCUCUGUAUGCGAAAUACCUCGUCCCUGUGGGGGGAAAAACGGAAGAUGAAUCCAUUGCGUAUAGAUGGUAGGCUAACAAGUGGUUACCCUGGGUAUGAAGAGGGUGUGGCUUUUGAAGCUUUUAUAAGUGGAGUGUAGAUGUGACAUGCACUCACAGCGAAGUGAUGCGCUUCUGAUUACACUUGCUUACUCGGAUUUCCAAUUCACAGUCGGUGGUCUAUGAACUGGCUUGCGAUGGCGAGUGAUUAUUAGUAGAAAUAUAUAAAUAUAAUUUAGAAGUAAAC